AAUUUUAGUACACGGAUCAAAGCAGGCAGGAAAAGUGAAAAAAUCACGCACUCGGCUUCAUUUCUCACAAUUUCAGCGUUAAUUUUUGCCAUUUUUCGUGCUUAAAAUUAGUUUCAACUCUUCAAAAGUAGUGAAAAUCCAAUCCGCGUUCGGUACUUUCCAAGGUAGCAAAGAAUUCAUUCCAUUUAUCGGUGAAAUUAGCUGUGAAAAUCUUGGUGCACAAAAUGGUUGCUACCAAAAUGGUACCGAACAACAAGCGUCGAGGAGGAUUCAACAACGGUGGUAUGCCCGGUCGGCCGCGGUUCAAGCCUGGUGGACCGAAAGCCCUAAACGCCCGCAACAUGGGAGCAAUGUUCAACGCGAACCAGCUUGGAGACAAUCCUGGUUUCGUGGAUUUCAAUGACGACGUUCAGAUUCCUUCGAGCUCAACGACGACGACGACCCCAGCGAGCAACACGACUUCCGCCGCCUCGAAUGGUACCGCGAAGGGUCCCGCUAAGAAAGCAAAUCCGAAUCAGAAGCGCGGGAAUGUGAAAAACGGAGCUGGUAUGCGUCGCAUGCCCCCUGGAAUGGGAGGUUUUUGGGGUCCACCGAUGCCCCCUAUGCCACCCAUGUUCCCCAUGGGUGGUGGUCGCCGGAACGGUCCUCUUCCGCCACCGCCUCCACACUUCCGUGUGCCCCCGAUGGGAAUGCGAGGUAUGCGUGGUGGCCCGAUGAUGCCGCCUCCGCCACCGAACGGCCGCUUCGGAGGUCCGCCAAUGGGUCCGAUGUCGAUGAUGCCCCGACCAAUGCCUCCGAUGCCGCACAUGCGGGGACCGAUGAUGAACCCGAUAGGACGCAUGAUGCCUCCGCCGCUGCGCGGUCCUCCGAUGCGGCGCAACCCGAACGGAAAGCUACCUCCGGGCCGAAUGGGCAAAGGUCCCAAGGGAGUCGGACCGAGAGGUCCUCCGGCUAAUGGAAAGGUAGGUAAAGCGGUGGGCAAAAAACUAAAACCGAAAGCGCCCGCCAAGCCGAAGGAGGAAUAUCCGUUGGACAAACCGUGGGUGACGGAGGAAAUCAAAGCCGAGCAUAGCAAAAAGGAGGAACUGUCGGAACGGCUCAAGGGUCACAAGGACGAUGCGCUGUUCGCUCAGUUCAAGGAACAGCGGGAUAAAUUCGUUAAGAUGUACGAUGCGGCCAGGUUGGAGUUCAUUGGGAAGCACCCGGAGCAGGACGUUGAAAAAAUCCUAACGGAAAGUAAAAAAUCCAAUGAUGCAGUUUCUACUGAUACCGCUGCCGCUACCAAAUCUUCUACCACUACUUCUGCUACUACUGCUAGCUCUACCGAUUCCGCUGCCGGUGCUGCCAAUUCUGCGGCUUCCUCUGCCUAAUAUCGAUCAGCAGAUUUGCCUGUUCGCGUUCUAAAAGAUGCGCUCUCUUUCUCUCUCAAGAUAUCAAGAUCCUUUACAGCAAAUCAGUCCGAACUGCAUGCUCCUCAGGCACGGACCACAGGCAGAGGAAGUACGCUUCCAGACACACAGAAUAGUAAGAUUUUUUUCUUGAUGGGGAGUCUGAAGAACGAAGAAGCAGCCUAAAGAUGACUCAAGAUUACGAAAUGCGCACUUUAGAAAUUUUGUUUUGUGUUAGCGUACUUUGAAGGAUCCGUGUUUUAGAUGAUUUUAACUUAGAGAGUUAGCUGACAGAGAUGCUAAACGACAGUUGGUCGGUUUUAAAUCGAUGUAUUACAAACAGAAGUAUGAAAAAAAAACGGAUCUAGGUCAGAUUAGUUAAUGAAAGUCAUCUGUUUCAAAUGAAGAGCGCAAAUUUUAAAAAAUCCUUAAGAUAACUAUUAAUUGUUCGAUUAAAGCAUUGCUAUUAUAGUAAUUGAGACAGAUAAUUUGUCUGAUUGUAAUAAAGGAGUGAAGCUGUUUAAAAUAAAAUUAAAUAUAUUGUUGUUAUUUAUUGAAACUUACUCAAGAUCGAACCCCAUCAGAAACUCCCUAGAUUUUUUUAUUUUUCUCUAAAAUUAAGUUGUUUGCACUUUUUCACGUUUGAUUCUCAUUGUUUACAAACCGGAUUGCUUCACUCCACGUAGCAUAGUGUUAUAAAUUGCAAACAUAACAAAUAUAACGUGUAUUUUAACGAAAAACAAAGAAAUAGUAAUGCAUAUGUAGUGGUAAAAAUAAAUCUUUUAAAUGUAGAUUAAAUUAUGAGGAAUCAUCCUAUAACGAAGGCCACGUCAGCAGUGGUUUAUACUGUAUUGCAAAGCAUGUAUCGAAAAUGGUAGCAAUCUAUAACUGGUUAACUGAAAGUAAGCAAGUAAUAGAAGUAGUCUUUUCUGUGAAAUGAAUUUUGUGCUGAAACUACGGCCGUUUGAAGUACAUAAUAUUAAACUUAUGAAACUUUGAAGUCCUAAUGCUGUGUAGUUGGUAUUUUCUUUGUCUGCCUCCGAGAAGAUCAGUUCCAAGACCCAUCACUCUGCAAUCAUAAAGUCCAGUGGAUCAGAGAUCAAUAGAGGUGCAAGAAUUCACCAUGUAAUUUUACUAAUCAAAUUAUACUUUUCUGGGAAUCUUUAGUUCCGUAACGUUACAAGUAAAGUUUGAUUUGACUUUGUAAAAGCAUCAACCUAGAUAUCAGAACACUCGAGUAACAAUACUAGAAAAUUUUACUGAAAAGCAGAGGAUAAAAAGAAUUUAUUUCCUAGUUAGAGGAUCUGAUUCCAUUGGUAUUAAUAUUUUCUUUCAAUUCAACACAAACAACCGAGGCCAAUAACAUUUUCUAUUCGAAUAUUAAACAAACGGAGUAGGUAUUACUUUCUAAAAGUAUCACAAGAAAUAUGAUUCCCAGUUAAAACAGUCAGAAACUUUCACUCCUUGAUUUAUGUCUAAAACUUGUGAACCAAUGACUAUUAUGUACCCACAAAAGCCAAAUGGAAAAAUCGGCCUUCCUCUGCUUUUAAUCUCAUCUGAAUCAAAGCCGUGAAGCCACGGUAGACGUCGUCGUCGUCGUCAUCGGAUAUCGCUACACCGAAGGCAGCAGCGGUAGUUAUCAGUAAAAACUUUUUACGCAUCAUCCAGGGCAGAAGGGCGAAUCUUUGUGUGUCAAAUUCGGAUCGGAACCGAACCGAAAGCAGAUUCUACAUUCAGAAGUCCUUUUCAUUCAAUGUGCGUAGAAUUAGAAUGCUAGUAUCAAAUAUGACAAGAGCAUUAUAUGAGGUAAAUGAGCGUAAUUUUUGAAUGGAACUCUGAUAUCCAUGCAACAUUAUAGUCCUCGAACUGACACACUGUGGAGAACUUUUCCUCUGUGAAAAAUACGAAUCUAGGUGAAUCACACCGAGUAGCUUAAUUCGUCAAAUCGGACACGUAGAGUUGUUGAGCUGUCUUAACAGCAAUUCAUCAGCACUGCAUGAUCGAUUUGGCGUGUUACGGGCUCAGUGAAUACCUAAAAAUAAACUUUCAGAACUCUGAAACUGGACACAGAAUACGAACGACGAUAUAUUAUAAUCGUAUGAAUAAAUUAUUGAAUAAAAGCA